AUACAGAUUAGCCAAAUUCUGUCGACUAUGAGUUUCAAAUAGUUCAGUUACAUUGCACCGAGGCUUUUUCACUGUUCAGAAACAACUCACAUUAUAGAGUGGUCAUGUGGUGAGAACACAUGUUUUUCUGUGUCUUUGGUGUGUUUUAGGUUGCCCAUGCAUGUAUAAGGCACGUCAAAUUGCAAAAAUUAAAGUGCCGGAACAAAAGAAGCACUCUAUCUAAAAGUGAAUGAUCACCCAGACCUGCCUGAAACGCCUCGUGUAACCAUACGCAAAUCUACAUCAGUUCAUGGUAUGAUUUGACUGAGACUGCCAAAAUGUAUAGAGAAUUAAGGUGGUCGUUUAUGUCAGUACAAUUGUUUUGGAACCUGAUGUUCCAAAUAUACUAAGAGGCGUUACAUUUCCAUCACACGCUUGCAGUAUUUUACAAAUAACACUGCAUAGGUUAACUGGCCAAUCAUAUCACACCUCGUUUUCAGUGCAAUAAGCUUUGUUAAAAAAUCUGCGCGUUUCAGAGAGGCAGGGAAAAGAGGAGAUACAAACAUGCUAGAUAUAUGGAAAAUACUGCGUUUUUUAACCAUAAAUCAUGUAUAAACAUGCAUUACAUCAAACAAACUAUAAUAUUAGUUUUAGCCGUGUUGUAUCUCCACUUUAAUACUAAUAAUAAAGCAAUGCCCAAUCUAUUUUUCGUAAAGUUAGUUGCAUUCAAGUAUUGUUAUAAUAAAGUGAACAUUUAAAAAUCCUUAAGAAAUUAUAGAAAAAUUGCGUUGUAUGCUACAUUUGUCUUAUCACUGUAGGUUGUGUUGUAAAAACAGUUGAAGGGGGUCAAAUGGCAUGAAUUCGUGUUUUUCUGUGUCUUUGGUGUGUAACAAGUUGCCCAUGCAUGUAUUAGACAUGUGAAAUUGCAAAAAUUAAAGUGUUGGAACAAUAGAUGCAUUCUAUCUGAAAGUGAAUGCUCACCCAGACCUGCCUGAAAUGCCUUGUGUAACCACACCCCCACAAAUCUAUGUCGGUUUGUGGUAUGAUUUGACUAAGAAUGACAAAAUGUACACCAAGUAUGGUGGACGUACCUGUCAGUACAAUUGUUUUGGAACCUGAUUUUCAAAAUAUGGUAAGAGGCGUUACAUUUCCUUCACACGCUUGCAGUAUUCAACCAAUCACUACGCACUGGCCAAUCAAAGCACACCUCGCUUUUCAUAGCGAUGAGCUUUGUAAAAAUUCUGCGCGUUUCAGAGAGGCGGGGCAAAGAGGAGAUAGAAACAUGCAUGUGCAUGAACCAUAGAUGUUUGAAUGAUGUGACAGUUCACCAUGACCUGCAUCAAUAGACCUGGAUUUCUCAUGAGUGACAGUGACUCCAGUGAUUCAGAACAGCUGCCUGUGUUUGACUUCUCACAGUCAAAAUUCAAACAGACUGAACUGGUUGUUUUAGACCAUUCAGACUCCGAAAUGGCCCCUGUCAAUAAACCAGUUACAUCAGAAGUCCGUUGUCCUGGUGGAGCUGCUGGAAGUGAUGUCUUAAUGGUAAGCAGUGACAGUGAGGAAGAAGAGGCCAUGAUUCCUUUGGCUGUUAGACUAAAGCAGAAACAGCGUGAUCUGGCGUCAGCAGUCAUUGUUCCCGAAAAGAGCCAAGCUUCCAGUUCACUUUCUAAUGGACGUUCACAGCUCUUAAAUGUUCCAGUUACAUUACCCCCACUGUAUAUAUCUGUGUUGGAGGACCAGCCGGUAGAACGUAGCAAGAACUGUACCAAUAUAACAAGGCAGUUCAGCUCUGUCUACAAUGCACCAUACCUCACAGAAGAACCUCCCCCUGCAGCGGAGAAUGGCACUCACCUGGCCAAACGGAAGAAAACCCCUGCAGAAGUGGAGGCUGCCAGACAGGAAGCCCUGAGGAAAAGAGCAACGAGAGAGCAACAGCAGGAAGAGAAAGAGAGACUGAGAUUGGAGAAGAAAGCUAUGGCCGAUGCUGUUAAAGCCUUAAGGCCAGAGGAGUGCAUCAAACACAUGGUGGUGACAGUGGACCCAGGACUGCUGCAGCUGGAAGGUGGCGGUGCCCUCCUGACAUCUCUGCAUGCCCUGGGCUGCAGUUGUGCCAUAGAGAAGCAGUCUCUUCCUCGCAGUGUUACCUGGGCUAGACACUCACCCUGUCAACAGACUGGAGAGAUGAUGACUAUUCCGGAGUCACAUACUGUAAUCCAGGUUCCGCUGGAUGACUUUGUGACCAUGAUUAACAACUUUUGCAAGAAGCAAAGUGAUGGUGUGUUGACUGAAAGUGGCAUAUCUCUGACCUCCUGGAUCCGAGUGCUAAUGAGCAAGAACCCAGGCAGGACUGUCAGUAUGGUCGUGAUUGACAUAGAGAAAUACUUUAAAUCCCAGAAUUCAAAAUGUCAGAAGAAAUACCGUGAGGCAGUGCUGGGCGAGGAGAAGGAUGCAGGACUUGAGGGAGGGCAGAAAAAGAGAAGAAAGAAAGACGAUAUCAAGCAGCUUCCCAAUGUCUCACGAGUACAGGUGGAGGAGGCUUUGGUAGACUUGCAGCUGAAUACUGGGGUGCAGGUCCGUUUCCUAUCGACCUGGAAGGACUUUACUGAUUUUAUUACCAUGUCGACCAAGGCUGUAGCAGAGGCGCCAUUCAAGCGAGAGCGAGAGAACACAGGUUUCACUUUUUGCUUGGAGAGUGAGUGGUCAGGUGGUCAUAAGGUGGACCGGGCAGGGAAUGGCCUACUGCAGGUUUGGAAGAGGCAAAUCCAACAGCUGAACCGCGUCAGCCCUGAUAUGGCCAGUGCUAUACUCAGCGUCUAUCCUUCUCCUCAGGUUCUGGUUCAGGCAUAUGCACGGUGUAAAACGGAGCAAGAAAAAGUUGGCCUGCUGGCAGACAUGCUGAUUCGCCGCGGAGAGGGCGUUACAUCGACAACCCGCAGAGUAGGUCCGGAGCUUUCCAAGCGGUUGUAUCUUUUGAUGACAUCAUCUGAUUCCCAGCAGCCCCUUGAUUCCACUGUGUAGGACUUUUUGCAUAUGUGAGGACAAUUAUGGAAAAAUAUCAAAGACACCUCAUUGUGACAGUUCUGGUGUACAUUGCGGUAUUUAUAUCUGUGCUUCAAUUCUGGAAGUUUCAGAUUUUCAAUGUUUAAUGUUUUCUUCUUACUAUACAUUUGUUGUUGUUGGUAUUAAAUAUUUCUUAAACUA